GUUAGAAUUGUUAUUGUGCUGCAAAUAUUCAAAGAAUUGUUUUUUCAAAUUUGUUCGAAAAUUUUUAUUGUUAUUGUUAUAAUUAUGAAACUUAUUGAAAAAAAUACUAAUAAAAAUGGACAAAAAUCCAAUGCCAAUUGUAAUCAGGUUAUUCUCGAUCAUUUUUGGCAUCUAUCAGGAUCGUCCGAUGAUCGUCGUUGUCGUAGCGUUCAAAUCAUUGUACAAAAUUUAGCCAAACAAAUUUCUAAUGAUCAAUAUAAUGAUUUAUCAUAUUGUUUGGAUCGUCUAAUUCGUGGUCUAACAUCAACACGUGAAUUUUCUCGACAUGGAUUCUGUAUUCUAUUGACUGAAUUAUUGCAACACUUUCCUCAACAUACCGACAUUACCAAUGUUAUCAAGAUUGCUGAAAAAGAAUUUGGACAUUUUAAAAGUGAUUUCGAUUCGGAGCUUACAAUAGGCUGGACUUUGUUUAUCAGUUGUUUAUUGAAAAGUAAACGAAUCACUAAAAGUACAGAUAAAGAAAUACUUUCAAAACUCUUCGAAACUUUAUUCUUGAUUGGUUGCAAAAAGAGUUAUGUCGAAAUUAUUGUUUGUGAAUUGAUGAAUAACUUUUACGAAGUAUUUUCUAAUGACUCGGAUUUGUUUCAAGAAAUCGUAGUUGAUCGAUUGAAAAACAUGGAUGAUCAUGGCAAUAAACUAUUUAAAACCUACCUUAUGCUGUUAUGUUUUCAAAAAUUCCAAUUGUCCAAAGAGUUUAUAGUGAAAAAUGUCUAUAAACCAAAUAGCAAAGAUUUUACAAAUAUAAUCAAAUUGAUUAAAGAAACUAGUAAAUUUCAGCCAAACAUUCAUCCAAUCAUAGCAUCAUUUACUGCCUUGAUCAAAGAAAUAGACAAUAAGAAUUUGGAUGCUUAUUUCACCAGAUUGGUCGAAGAAAUAUUCAAAGUUGACAUGGUAAAAACAUCGUUAGGAUUUGACAUUAUUCCAAUCAUGCUAGAAAAUGUUUCGCAUCAUUCUCAGAUCAAACUUAUUCUAUCAUCUACCUUUAUUCGUCUUCUUAUUCAAACGUUAUCGAAUAAACAACAUCCAUUGAACAAUGCUGCAUUGGUUCUUUGUGAUCGACUUAAAAAUUAUUCAUUGAAAAUCAAAGAUCAAACUAGUUUCCAGAUUGAAUUCGCCCGAUGUUUUAUCGAAAAACCUGGAUCAAUAAAUUUCGAUGAAUUAUCACGAUCAAAAUUAUUGUCUAAUAUUUUGAAAAAUUUCAGUAAUGAUUCGAUCAAAGAAUGGAUAUCAAUACUAAUGAAUUUGAUGAUGAAUCAGGAUAACGUUGCUGCCAGUGAUUUUUAUCGUGUACGUUGUUUGCAACAAAUGACUCACUUAUUAAAAUGUUAUACGGGUGACGUUAAAUUUUUAAUGAAAAAUUGCAAAUUUUUUCUUGUUUUUGCAUAUUUUAACGUUGAUCUAUUGACAAAAGAUUUAAUAUUAGAUAAUGAUAGUGGAGAAAAAUUGAAAAGAUUUAAAUAUCCAAUAAGUGAAAAACUUCGUCAACAAUUUAAAAGUUCAUUUCAAAAUGUUAUCGUUCAUUUAUAUGCACUAUCAUCGACUGUUUCAACCGAUUCUGAUUCUAUUGUUCUCAAGAACAAACUUGCAAAACAAAUAGAAAUGCUAACUCAAAUAAAAGAUUUUAUAAUGAUUUUGAUUAGAGAUAAAAAAUUGGAAUUAGUGGACAAACAAAUUUCAAUGCAAAAAUUCAGAGAAGUAUUGUUGGAAAUCAACAAAAAAUUCGAUUCAAUCAAAACCGAUGAGAAUAAAUGUCAAGUUUUUCGUUUAUUUUAUCUACAUUUUCUUAUUGAAUCAUUUGAAAAUUUUUCCGAUUUACAAGCCAUAUUGCCGGAUUUCAAUGAAUGUGUUAUUCGAGCAUUUUCAAGUGAAAACGCAAAAGGAAAAUCAAACGAUCCUUUUUGGUCGGAUGUAUUUGUUGAUCUUUUAAUCUCUUUGAUUAUUAAAUCAAAAUCUUCAAAAAAUAUUAUCCUAAUGACUUUUAAAUAUUUGGUUCCAUUCAUAACUCCAGUCGGAAUACAAAGUCUUAAUGAAGCAUUUGUAGAUGAUGGGACCAUUGAAUUUGAUGCUGAAGACAUUGACGAUGAGGAAGAUGAUGAUGAAGAAGAUGAAAAUGAAAACAAUGAAAUGGACACUGCUGAUCAAAUUGAAGAUAGUGGUGAUGAUGAUGACGACGACGACGUAUUGCAAGAUGAUAACGAACCAGUUGAUGAAGAAUUCAAAAAAGACGUCCUCAAAGCUUUAGGUUCUGCAGCUGAACAUGAAGACGAUUCGGAAGAAGUUCUUAGUGAUAGUGAAAUGUUCAAAUUGGACGAAUCUUUAGCUCAAGUUUUUAGACAAAAAUAUGGUGAAAAAAAACGACAAGCGGAAAAAGCUGCAAUGAUCAAAUCAUUCAAACUACGUGUGUUAGAUCUUAUUAAAAUUUUGAUCGAUCAUCAUCCAAAUUUUUCUGUUGAAAUGGCGUUCACAAUUUUAAAGAAUAUUUUAAAUUUCCUCAAAUCUAAUCAUUCAUCGAAAAAUAUGAUCGCUUUGAAUAAUAAAUGUCAGCAAUUGUUGCAACAAAUUUCGAAAACUCAUUUGGUAUUGAAUGAAAACGAAAAAAUUUCCAAAGAAGAAUUUGAAAAUUUAUUGACAACAUUGCUAAAGUUACAAUGUCAAUGUAAAAAUUCGGAUCUACAAAAAUCAUUUAUAGCCUUAACAUCAUGGCUAUUAACUUUGUCUCGAAACUGUUUGUCCAAAAAUGAUGUUGAAUUUUUUAAUGAACAUAUCGAACGAAAUUUGCAAUUAUUUUUCAAAGCUUCUCAUAAUGAAAUCAAACCUGAACUUUUCAAAACAAUCAUACCACAAUUACAUAAUGAAAAAUUAUUUUUUGAUAGUAAAUUUUUUGAAAUUAUUAAUCAAUUAUCUUUGGACAACAAUGUACGACCAUUCAAACGUUGUAUGGCAUUAGAUUUACUUGAAGGAAUUUUAAAACGUAUUAGUGAUGAUCAAAAAAUAGAAUCACGAUUAAUUGAAUUAAGUGAAAAAUAUCUACAGGAAUUAUUGGAAACGUUAAAAAAAUCCAAACAAAAUGAAAAAAAUAUUAUUGAUUUAUACAUCCGUAUAUUGAUGGUUCUUGAUGUUUUUUCAUUGAAAAUAUCGGAUAAUAUAAAAACUGAUGUUUUGGCUGCCAUCAAUUUAUUGCCAAAAGAUUUUCGACGUAAAAUUGAUAAAAAAUUUAUAAACAAAUUGAAAACUACGGAAUCCAAUUGA